AUGGCCACUCCAGCAGUCUCUGUCACGAAGGAAUUCAAGAUCUUCCGCUACCUCGACCUUCCGGCUGAACUGCAGCUCCGCAUCAUCUACUUCACAGUCACAUCUCCCGACAUUAUCGAUAUCUCCGAUGAUGAUGACAUGCAGACCGCCAUUGCUCAACCAGCUAAAAUGUGCUGUUGGCGGUUGUGA